CAAUUCAUCGGCAUCAUCUGUGGAGCGUUCCUAUAGUGGAGCAACCACAGCCACAAUAGGUGGUGGCGGCGGCGGUUUAAAUGGUAACAGUCAUCACAGUACUGUCUAUAGUGGCCCAUAUUCCACAGGCACCGCCACACGCUCCUAUGACCUCUACAGCGCUGAAUGGGAUGUUAAUCGAGAGAAACGAAAUCAACGUAAUUUUGGCAGUAUGGCUGCUGCCCAGGUGGUAUGUCUGUGUCCUUUGAUGAUUUUGCGCUUCGCUCGUCUCUCCAUGGAGGAGACCUAUGAAAAUCAAAAACAUUUUGACUUUACCUAUUUAAUGUUUGUGUGGAUCGCCUUUCUGCCAACGGUCAUCUUUCCGUGCAUCUAUGCCUCGCAGAUAUUACCAAGAGAGGAACAAGAACGUUUACGUGGUUACUUCCGUCUAUCCACCAAACGUUUUCGUGGAGGUCGCAAUGGCCGUGGUGGUGGCGCUGGUAAUCCCGGUGACAUUGCUGGUCGUUAUAGUGAUGCUAAUACACCCAGUUCCCGAGACAAUUCAAUUGAAAAAGAUGAAAAUACCAAUACCACCCAGGCGACCACAUCUAUCAUCCUGAAUGGCGAGCCUUAUGUGAGUGGUCUGUGUGGUACUGGGCAGAAUGUUUUAGGUUCUGCCACCGGAGAAGCCAUGACAUCCCAAAAGCAGGAAAACAUUAAAACAGCAGUCAAUGGAAAAUAUCAACAUCAGAGUUCGCUUAACAAAGAGUCGGGAGUGGGAGCACCACCACCUCUAACUAAUCGGAUACCACCCCCUAGGCAUCGUAACAAGGAUGGUAAAUCCUUAAAGCAUUCCGAUGGCACUUUGAAUAAUGACACCGGCAUUGGGGUACAUGAUUCCAAGAAAUAUAAACGCUCCAAGGAGUCGGGGGGACAUGCCAGUGAUGUACGCAUCAAUGUUAUAUCGGAUGGCAAGACCAAGUCAUCAUCAGCAUCUGCGGCCAACAGGAGGGGAGGUUCAAUUGCGAGUGUCGGCAGCAAUGGCCCUACUGGUUUAGCAGGUCAACGCAAAUUGACUUUGGAAUCCUUGGAUAAUCGUUCGUGUUCCAACAUCACCGCCUCCACGUACUGCAAUGGCAACAGCAGCCUGGGCGAUGAUGGGGAUGUCAGUAAUUUCGGCGAUGGUGAGGACUCAUCGAUUGUCAGUGGCAUGAUUGUACAGGGCUCUUCGAAUGGCAGCAGUAAUGCCCUACCACCCUACUACGACAAAAAACCCAGUGGCAUGUCACUCUACUCCUCCACUACUGGAGGUGGUGGCGGCGGAAUGCGUACUCGUGACAUGUCCUUUGAUGAUGGCAGCUCCACAUUUUCUCGCAUUGAUUCCUCAAGUACUUUAGCUCGUGAAAUGGAAAUUAUCGAUAUGUUGGAACGUGAGCGCUCCAGCAUCGACAUGCAAGAACUGCUGCAUCGUGACGGCCAUAAUGAGUCGCAAAAACGACGUGACGGUGAACGGCGACGUUUGCCGGACAUUGGUAAAAUCUGUUUAAGGUCACCCAAAGCCACACGUGAUCCAUACUCGUAUGAAAAAUCCAAUAACACUUCCAUUACCUCCCUGUCGGCCAAGGUGCCCACCUCCACAGAUCCCCUGCGAACCAAUGAUGGCUACAGCCUCUCGUCAGGCCUCAACGAAGAGGAUGAGGACAAUUCCCACAUUCUACCCUACGAUGAAGAAAAUCUACGCUCAACCAAAUCGUCACAACGCUGUAGCAUCGAUGAAGAGGUGCCCUCGGACUUUUUCGAUAGCUACACACCCGGUGAUACCACCGCAAUUUUGCCCAGCUCAGCACCGGCCGUCAGUGGUGCUGUACAAUAUCAGUACUCCCGUCGUUUAAGUCGUAAAUCCUCCUCCCAUCACAAUCCCGGUUCGGCCACUUCGCAUCGUAUGUCAAAGCGUGACAGCUUCAAUUCGCUGCACAGCAAUGACCUGAUCGCAGGGGCCUUUGGCGAAUUGGAUCCCACACAACCGUUGACCAAAAUGUCUGUGAUUGAAAACCGGAUGGUACGACGAAGCGGCAGUAGUGGUCGAACAUCAUCGUUUUCCUCAUCGGCACGCAGCUCAAUGAAAUCGCGAGACUAUGGACAUGGCUCAUCUUCGCAUUCGACGCAUCCGGAAUUGGACUUUAGGGAAAAUUUCUUGGCCGAUUUGUAAGGAGG